AUGGGACUAGCAACCGCAAAGAGAUUGGGACAGGAAGGGGCCAAAGUGGUUGUGAGUUCUAGAAAUAUGGAUAAUGUUAAUAAAGCAGUAGAAAGUCUCAAGAAAGAGAAUAUCGAAGUGGUCGGAGUAAAGUGCCAUAUUUCUAAUCCUGAAGAGAGGACCAAUCUUAUUCAGGAAGCCGUAAAACACUUUGGAGGAAUUGAUAUUCUUAUGAUUAAUGCUGGAGUCAAUCCUCACGUUGGCAAUUUGGUUGACUGUCCUGAAAGUGCAUUUGAUGAAGCUUUUGAUGUUAAUGUUAAAGGGCCCUUCCUCUUGGCUAAAGAAGUCAUUCCUUUGAUGAGAAAACGAGGUGGAGGAAGUAUACUCUUUAUGACUACGAUGUCCGUGUACAAAGAUGUACCGGGAUUUGGAUUAUACGCUACUUCAAAAUCCACUUUAGUACGCCUAACUAAACAUUUCGCAAUGGAAUUAGCCCAAGAUAACAUCAGAGUGAAUUGCGUGGCGCCAGGACCAAUAGAUACUGCAUUUAUUAGUAAAUUCUCUAAAACAGAAUACUUCAAACGAGGCAUAGAAAAUGAUGUACCCGUUCAGAGAAUGGGUCGUCCAGAGGAAGUAGCAGGGACUGCAGCAUUCCUUCUAUCAGAUGAUGCUAGCUAUAUUACAGGAGAAACAAUUCCAAUUGCAGGUGGAAUGCAAAGUCGUUUUUGAGAAUCAGU